GCCAAAAAAAAAAUCAUCAUCAAAAUCACACGAACGUAGAAGCCUUUGAGGUACGUUGAUCGGUACCUAGAGUGAUUACCAUUAUCGUUACAUCGUCAUGAUAUCUAUCUCCUUCUCCGACCAGCCGGAACAUUCGUCAAUUCUUCCAAUGUAAAUGAUUCGCCAUGAUAUCUCCUACAUCAAAGUGUUUCUUUUGUCAUAUAGAUCAUGAAGUUUCCACACAUUCGUUGAAGUAAACAUUUAAAAAAAGCUUCUACCAGCACGAGCAGCAGCUUUAGCUACAAGACGUUCAAGCAGAAACUUUGACUGUGUGAAAUUAGUUAUGAAAAGUUUUUUUUUUUUUUUGAAUGUGUAAUUGAUUGAUCCAAAAAAGAAUCUUAUGUUACAAUGAGUAGCUAAUGGAGAAACUAAAAGAAAUAAAUUAAAACAGAGCCAACAACAAACUUUAACGUAUCCAAAACAGAGGAGAUUAUGUGAUUGGCGAAACUUCAAACCAAGUUAUGAUGGGUUCUUAUUAGUCCUAAAAGAGUUAUUAAAACUUUUUUAGAACUCUAAAAAGUUUCGGGCUUCUUAAAAAUAAAACACAGAAAUGAUAAUGAUAAAGAUUUUCUGACCAAUUGUCCCUCUAUUAAAUCAUUAUUUGCUUAUUUUUUUACUAUAUAAUCUAAAAUUAAUUAAAAUCCUUUGAUCCAAUAAUCAUGAUAACAAAAUUGUGUCACUUUUCUAAUGGAGUAUAAAAUAAAAUAAUAUAGUUGUUUCUCUUCUCCUAGGCUACUACAACUACAAAGAGAAGAUCUCGUUGACUCCCCCCAAAAAACCAAAAAAAGACAGAGCUAAUGGUUCUGCUUCCAUGGGAGCUGGAGGAAGAUAUACUGUCUCGGCUUCCACCUCAAUCUCUUGUUCGAUUCAGAUCCGUUUGCAAACGAUGGAAAUCUCUUUUUGAUGAAAAGAGUUUUAUCAACAACCACUUUGCUCGGGUAUGUCCUCAGUUCAUCUUCAUGACCAAAUCCAAUUUUUAUUCGAUAGAGAUCAUCGGUCUUGACGGAGUUGAUCCAACGAUUAAGUUACGUGUGCUAGACUUCUCCGGCAUCCCUUACCGUGAAUGGAAAUUUGUUUGCAUAACCAUCACUGCUUGCGAUGGGUUCUUGUUUUGUAACUCUUGGACUUAUCCCCUGGAGACAGCUUUUUGGAAUCCGUGGUUGAAUCAGGUUAAAUGGAUCGAGUACGAGGAUAUAGGUUUCAAUGUCUGUGGCUUAGGAUACGAUAAUACUAGAGACGAAAAGGUUUACAAAAUCUUGGGGUCUUUUAUGUGUCGCCGUGAAGAGAGGCCCUCUUACGAUUACCACCCGAGAGUUGCGAUCUACGACUGUGCCUCUCAUGCGUUCAAGUUUAUUGAAACACCUAACAGGGACUGGUUCCUAGGCGAUGUUCAACGAUACAGUGUGUCCUUGAACGGAAAUCUAUAUUGGGUUCCUAGUAUUCCCAACACGGAUGACUUUCUCAUCCAAUGCUUUGAUUUCUCGAGGGAGAUAUGCAAACCCUUUUGUCUCCUUCCGUGUCGGAAGUUUGAUUCUUCCGAUUUACUUGUCCUCCAAAUUUUCAAGGGACAUAAGUUAUCCUUGUUAAAGCAAUGUUACAAGACAAGGAAGGUUGAGAUUUGGGUUACGAAGAAGAAGAUUGAUACUAGCAACAACAGUGAAGAGGAAGUUGUGUGGAUUAACUUGUUGACGUUUCCACCAAGUAACGUGCAAAACUUAUUUAAGGAGUGUUAUGGCAUUAGUUACUUCAUCUAUGACAAGACCACCUUAAUCAUUUUUUGUGACGAAAAAACUUCAGCGGCUUGCAUUUACAUCGUCAGGGGAGAUUUGUUCAAGAAGUUUGAAAUUGAUUAUAAGGUUUUCAUUUGUUAUCACUGUGUUUAUGCUCCCAAUUUUAUCCCCCUUCCUUUAAUGUAAAAGUUCUGAAUAAUAAUAAGAUGCUUUUAGUGUUUCACAUUAAGCUCUCAAUUCAACUUUUAUUCCACUACUAGUUUAAACCAAUUGACAAAACCGGUUCAGUCUAUGUUACAACUUACAAUCCAAGAAAUUCUGAGAGGAUUAAUUCGACGUAUUCCCCAUUACGUUUUACAUUUUAAGAUGUGUGGAAUUAGUUAUGAAGUGUUCUUAUUAAACUUUUUAGAUUUCUUAAA